AUGUUCGCACGUACUUACACCAAUACCCAACGAUUCCAUAGGCAGACAUCGAUAUACUGCCACGGAGGAUAUCAUCCUCUAAAAAUUAGGGACAACCUAGAUGACGGCCGCUAUCGACUGGCGGACAAGUUUGGGUAUGGAGGAUACUCGACUAUAUGGCUUGCCCGUGAUCUACGAAGAGCCAGAUAUGCGGCAAUGAAGGCUAUUACUGCUGAUACCAGUGCCUACACGCCUGAGGCAGGUCUUCUAUAUUCUCUUGGGAACUCGCCAUCUAGACCGGGAAAAGAAAUUAUUCCACCUCUCAUCGACGAAUUCUGGGUCGUUGGUCCCAAUGGGAAGCAUAAAUGUAUCUUCACUCCGCCGGCACGGAUGAGCUUGUUCGAUGCUAGAGAGGCUUCGACUUUCGGGCUUUUUCGGCCUAAAGCCGCACGGGCAAUUAUCGCUCAGCUCAUUCGUGGGGUUGCAUUCCUUCACAGUGAGGAUAUUGUUCAUCGUGACCUCCAUCUAGGCAAUAUCCUAGUCCAGUUUCCUGAUGCGAUCGACCGUCUGUCCACGUCAGAACUAUAUAAGAUGUUCGGAGAGCCAGAGUCAGUGGCCGUUGUUCGUCGUGAUGGCAAGCCAUUGUCAAAUGGCGUACCCGCGCAUGUAUUCAUACCUGGUUGCGACUUUGGAGAAUCUUUCAACCCACACAAAACACCCAGGUUCUCCUCGAAGACCUUUCCUCUCCUCCAGCCACCAGCGGCCAGAUUCUCUGACGAGCCGCUCUCCUUUGCCUCGGAUAUUUGGACACUUGCCUGUACCGUCUGGGAGAUUUUUGGCCAGAGGCCUUUGUUUGAGGCGCUUUGGCCAACUGCAGACCGUGUCACCGCAGAGCAAGUCAAAGUCCUUGGUAUCUUACCUCCCGAGUGGUGGGGGAAGUGGAGCAAAAGACUGGAAUGGUUCACCGAGGAGGGUGAAUUGAAGCCACAGACGUCUAGGAGCCUCGAUGGCAUGUGCAGGACCUGGGACCAAAGGUUUGGUUACUGUAUACAGCAGCCCCGGGCUGAGGCGGGUCUGGAGACUGUAACGGAGAAAGAGAAGAGGGCAUUUGAGGAUAUGCUUCGGCCAAUGCUGACCUUCCGGCCGAAGGAAAGAGCGACAGCUGAACAGGCAUUGCACUCAGAAUAUAUGAAAGGCUGGGGAGAGCCGGUCCUGGAAGAGCUGGGGUACGUUUAAUUCUGUGAUAAAAAAAGGGAAAUAAAAGAUGUAAAACGAACCUGGCAUGUGACCCCGGGACGCAUAAAAUGUAUAACGACUGAAAAAAUUACGAUUGCCCUUUACGGUCCCAAGUAAUUCCAAGAUCAUCACUUGGACACGAGAGUGGUAUAUAGGAUAUGACGCUUCUUAUGGUUGAUUGGUUUGUAUAUCAAUUGUAAUGAGAGUGUGUGGUGCCUCAGGCCAACAAACAACGUCAUCCGUCGCCCGGUGGGGUUGGGUUUUCAACAUCAACAAAUGUUGCCCGGCGACGAUCCCUCUCUCAUUGCGCUC